GUGACUACCUGAAUACAGCAUAUCGACUCGGCCAGCAUGGCGGCGCCCGAAAGUGGCAAAUGUGGCUUUUUCGUGGAGAAAAAGAAACGCUUUUGUAAAAUGGUCGUUGCCAAAGGUAAAAGGUUCUGUGGAGAACAUGCGACCAUGGAAGAAGGCGGCAGCAGCAAGAGGAUUCUUUGCCCUCUGGACCCCAAACACACGGUCAGUGAAGACAAACUGGACAAACACUUGAAGAAAUGUAACUCCAGAGUCAAACCAAAGCCCCAAUAUUAUGUGGAGGACAUCAACGCUGGCUCAGCUAACCAAGACCACGACGGCGCCCAAGGGGUGAGUCUGUGUGAACAAACCACGACUCAGUUACGACACCUGCUGGACAAAUUGAAGACUGCUACAAAAGCUCUCGACUGUCAGCUGGAGGAGAGCUUCCUGUCUCAUCCUGUCUUUCAAGAGGAACUUAAUAACCCCAAAAAUGGAGACUCCGCCCACAAGCACCUGAAGCAGCAGGCUUCCAUCGUAGCACACCUGGAGACGCUGGGCUUGCUGGGACGCGGGCGGUGCUUCGUGGAGUUCGGGGCAGGUCGAGGGAAACUCUCCCACUGGAUCCACGAAGCCCUGAAGACCACAGAGCAGCCGGCAGACUUGGACGACCUGCAGAUGCUUCUGGUGGAAAGAAGCAGCACCCGCUUUAAGGUGGACGGGAAGCAUCAGGACGCCGGCGUGGAGUUUGCCAGGCUGCAGAUCGACAUCCAGCACCUGGAUCUGAGUAAAGUUCCGCUGCUGGAACGCCGGUUGCCGCUGGUCGGAGUGGGGAAACAUUUAUGUGGCGCGGCGACAGAUCUCGCUCUUCGCUGCUUGCUGGAAACAUCGGCGCCUCAACGCGGACCGCCAAGGAAGCGCCUCAAAAUGUCAGACGAGAGUCCCGGGCACUGCGCGUCCCCCCCAGUGCUGGGCCUGGCGGUGGCGCUGUGCUGUCACCACCGCUGCGAGUGGCGCCACUACGUGGGUCAGCAGUUCUUUUCGGACCUGGGCCUGGGUCCCGCCGAGUUUUCCGGGUUCUGCCGCAUGUCCAGCUGGGCCACGUGCGGCCUUCGCGCCGCCGAUCGGAGUGCGGACGAAGAACACGAGCCGAUAGAAGAGACAGACGAGGCGCUCGGGUUUCUGUCGCCGGCCGAGCGCGAGCAGGUGGGACGCCGCUGCAAACUUCUGAUCGACAGCGGGAGAAUCCACUUCCUGCGCAGCCGAGGAUUCCACGGCCGACUCACUUGUUACGUCGGCAGUCACGUGACCCUGGAGAAUGUCCUGCUGACGGCCACGCCCUCCCAUGUUUGACUUUGUUGCUAAUAAAACCUCAUUUUGACGCCACUCAG